UUCUUUCUUUCCGCCAUUUUGAUUGUUUCUCACUGACUGGGGCUCAGCAGUGGGAAAUAUGAGUGAGCAUGUAAGAACAAGAUCCCAAUCCUCAGAAAGAGGAAAUGACCGAGAGUCUUCCCAGCCGGUUGAAUCUGUGAUUGUCCAGCAGCCCACUGAGGAAAAACGUCAAGAAGAGGAAGCACCAACUGAAAAUCAGGGUAUUGCACCUAGUGGGGAGAUUGAAAAUGAAGGAACACCUGCUGUUCAAGGGCCUGACGUGGAAGCUUUUCAACAGGAAUUGGCUCUGCUUAAGAUAGAGGAUGAGCCUGGAGAUGGUCCUGAUGUCAGGGAGGGGACUCUGCCCACUUUUGAUCCCACUAAAGUGCUGGAAGCAGGUGAUGCGCAACCAUAGGUUUACACCAAGACAAAUGAAGACUGAAACCAAGAAUGUUAUUCUUAAUCUGGAAAUUUGACUGAUAACAUUCUCUUAAUAAAGUUUUACAGUUUUCUGCAAAGAA